AUGCAGAGUGAGGAGGGGACAGAGUGGCUGCUGGAGCUGCUGACAGACGUCCAGCUGCAGCAGUACUUCCUGCGGAUCCGCGAUGAGCUCAACGUCACGCGACUCUCCCACUUCGACUACGUCAAGAACGAAGACCUGGAGAAGAUCGGCAUGGGGCGCCCGGGUCAGCGGAGGCUGUGGGAGGCGGUCAAGAGGAGAAGAGCCCUUUAUAAACGCAAGUCCUGGAUGAGCAAGGUGUUCCCGGUGAAACGAUCCGACGGCGACCCCCAGCAGCCCCUCCCCCAGGCGGCGUCAUCCACCCAGGCCCCGGCCACUAGCGAGCCGGGAGCCUCCCUCACCUGCCUGAUCAGAGAGUCGGAGCUGCAGCUGUUUGAGCGGCUGGGGGACGGCACGUUCGGAGUGGUGCGCAGAGGAGAGUGGACGGGUCCCAACGGCAUAGUGCUGUCCGUGGCAGUGAAGUGUCUGAAGGCAGGCGUGUUAGACUCAGACGGUCUGGACGAUUUCAUCAGAGAGGUGAACGCCAUGCAUUCACUGAGCCACCAGAACCUGAUCCGGCUGUACGGCGUCGUCCUCACACAGCCCAUGAAGAUGUUGACGGAGCUGGCCCCUCUGGGCUCCCUGUUGGAUCGUCUCAGGAAGCGUCAGGGUCACAUCCUCAUCUCCUCCCUCUGUAACUACGCCGUGCAGGUGGCCUGUGGCAUGGCCUACCUGGAGCAGAAGCGUUUCCUCCACAGAGACCUGGCCGCCCGCAACGUUCUGCUGUCCACCAAUGAGACGGUGAAGAUCGGAGACUUUGGCCUGAUGAGGGCGCUGCCAACGCACACCGACCAAUACAUCAUGGAGGAGGGCCACAAAAUCCCCUUCCCAUGGUGUGCUCCAGAGUCUCUCAAGUCUCGUACUUUCUCUCACGCGUCUGAUACCUGGAUGUUCGGGGUCACUCUGUGGGAGAUGUUCACCCACGGACAGGAGCCGUGGCUGGGCCUUAAUGGGAGCCAGAUCCUCCACAAGGUGGACGUGGAGGCAGAGAGGCUGUGCAAACCAGACGACUGUCCUCAGGACGUCUACAACGUCAUGCUGCAGUGCUGGAGCCCCAAACCCGAGGACAGACCGACCUUCAUCGCCCUCAGAGACUUCCUGCUGGAGACGAUGCCCACGGACAUGAGGGCCCUGCAGGACUUUGAGGAGGAAGACAAGCUGGAGAUUAAAAUGAACGACGUCAUCACCAUCAUAGAGGGGAGGGCAGAGCAUUACUGGUGGCGAGGUCAGAGCAGGCGGACGCUGCGUGUCGGUCAGUUUCCCCGUCACGUGGUGACGUCGGUCGCCGGGCUGUCCGCCCACGACAUCAGCCGACCGCUCAAACACUCGUUCAUCCACACGGGACACGGAGACACGGACCCUCACAGGAGCUGGGGCCACGCAGACCGCAUAGACAGUCUGUAUUUGGGGAACCCCAUGGACCCCCCGGAUGUCCUUGGAAUGGACUCGGGUAUUGCGAGACCGACCAAACUUCCCAACCGUGCCAAGAAGCAACCUCCCCCUCGUCCACCUCAGCCUGCUGUUCUGCUGAAGAAGCCAUUCUACGACUCGGUGAUGGACGAUUACGACGACGAUGACGACACCAGCGCGUCGUCGGGGCUGAAGAGGCUGGGAGUGUCCCUGGGUCUGAAGCUCCGGCCCUGGGAGGCGUCCGGUGUGCGCUCGGCCAAAAGCGAGGUGUCGCUCAUCGACUUCACCGACGACAGCUUCAGCUCCACCACGCCCUCACCGCUCACUGAGACGCAGCAGCCGGAUGAGGACACACUGAAGGACACUCCCUCCAUCCUGGACUGGCCUCUGCCUCAGCCGGCGUAUGACGAGGUCGCUGCGGAGCUGGAGGACCAAUCGGAGGACCAGGAGGUGCGAUCUAUCAACAGGGGACUGACAGAGGAGACCGCGGUCACGCCCGGUGGUGGUAUUGCGGGCAGGAGCGAGUCACAAUCAGCUGACCUCUUCCAAGAACUGCAGAGAGAGGUGAUGGUGAAGCUGCAGGUUCCCAUGGCAACCGGUCGCUCCCUCCCUUCUUCCCCCCUCCCGAUGCCUCUGGCUCCCUUGGCCCCCCACCGACAGAUCUGCCUGCCUCCUCCCUCCCCCUCCUCCACCUACUCCUCCUCCUUCACCUCCUGCUUCGAGGACCGCCCUGUGCUGCCUCCCCGCAGCCCCGUCCCCCCGCUGCGUCCCUCCAAACACGGCGUCUCCAGCCGCAACCCCCACCCGCAGGCGCGCUCCAGCUCCAUAUCUCUGGGGGACGAGGAGGACACGCCCCCCCAGAUCCCACCCAGAGACCACGCCUUCUCUCAGCCGGGCUCCCGCUCCUCCUCUCCCCUCCCGCUGGUGCCGCCGCUCUCCUCCUCGCCCGUGGUGCUGCCUCCUCCUCCCCUCUCCGUCUCCCCUCGCCGGGCGUCUGGGCUCCUGGGUCCCCUCCUGUCCUCCAGUUCCCCUUCCUCCUCCUCUUCCCUGCCUCAAGCCACAUCCCAUCCUUCACGCCUCGCAGCUCCCAGGUCCUCCUCCUCCUACUCCUCCAGCUCCUUACUGGAACCUCUUGCCUUUCGCGAGGGACGUGGUCUGUCCUCGUUGAUUGACAGCUCCCAGAGCUCUGCUCCCGCCCCGCUGCCCGAGAGACCAGCUUUUCUGGAAAGAUACGGAGCAGCCAACAUGGCGGCUGUCAAACCGAUGGUGCAGCAGCCCGGUGGGGCCAAGCCAAAUUCCUCCUACAACAACAACAACGGGCGAACUGCGGCUCCCAGCAUGCAACAGGAUCAAAGCAUCACACAGGUGCAAGGAGCAGUACAUGGUGUCACACUGGAAGAGUGUCAGGCCGCUCUGCAGACUCACAACUGGAGCAUCCCUCAGGCCGUAAACCAUUUGAAGGUGGAGCAGCUGUUUCGGCUGGGACUGCGGUCCAGAGCCGAGUGUGAGGAGCUUCUGCAGCGCUGCCAGUGGAACCUGGAACAGGCCAGCACAGUCAUGCUGGACACAUACGGACCACAUCAAAACAGGUAG